AAACACUGGCCUAGAAGAUCCCUGGUAGUAGAUAAGGUGUUAAGGGGAAAUGCCUGCCACUGGCUAAAACCCAUCACCAGCCACAACAGGCAAUGCUGGACUAAGCAGCUAAGUGAUCUGAGGUAGUAUAAGGCAUUUCUCUAUGUUCCUGUUCUUUUGGGCAGGGGGAGGAGGAAUAACCAGGCUUAGAGAAACUAUGCCUAAAAGUGUACUUUAGUCAACAGGGGCUCAGCCCUUGGAAAUGAGGACGGGGUGAGGAAGAUGCCAGCUUAAUGUAGUCCAAGCUUCAUUUCCUCUUUCUUGGUAUAUUUGUGCCCAAGACCAAAAGGAAGCAAUUAGGAGGCUGUUUGCUUUCUUUCCUUCUCGCAGACUGGGUUGGCUGAGGCGGCCUGCUUGCAGAGAGUUCCUUGCUGCUUACGUUCCCUGGCAGGUUGAGGACAACAAACCUGGGCCUCCACCAGGUUCUGACAUUCUGGUUUUCUGGUUUUCCUAUAUUGUCCUCCUCAUUUUGGUUCCCAGUAUGUUUUCUUAUUUACUUCUCAUAUUCCCCUCCACCCCCCUCAUGUCUGUGGAAAAGGCUCCUAGAAUUCCUUGCAUGUGAUUUAUAAAAUAAAGUGUCCCACCCUUCAGGCUUAUAAUGUAAAAGUCAUGACACCAAAAGAAAAAUGCUGGGGAGAGAAAACAAACAAAACAAAACCAAGUCCAGGCCAACUGUUCUGAAAAUCAUACAGGAGUCUCAAUUAUGACCAGCUGGUAUGGGAACAAGUCAGGGAUAGGAGGAGCUGGCUGGUCUCUCAGCAGAGUUGAUGGGAUGUCUCUGUUUCCUAUCUGUCUCUGUACUUUUAUGAUUCUUUACCCUUUAAUACAAAGUCUUUCACCUAAAUUACCUGUAAGUAUUAGUGUUGGUGUAGUUUAGAUAGGCCCUGAGGCUAAGAAAACAUAGGCUGUUUAAAGUUAUCUAGUCAGAAGAAGCAAGACUCUCAAAGGGACAGAUAAGAGCCAAGUUUCCAACCUCCUCAUGAUGUAUACGUUCAUUAUUCAGUGGAUGUUUAUCAGAUAGUCACUGACUCACAUUAAUAUUCAGUAUCUAAAAGAAGCAAAUUUGGGAUCAGCAAGAGAGAAAGGAGAAAGAGUUGUGAGCUGGCAGCUUGAAGCAUCUAGGGCUACAGAGGUCUCCUUGCUGGGGACCUGCUUGGUAGGGAUGCAUGUUACUUAUCUCCACUUAUAUGCUGCUUGUAUAAUAAGCCAGAAGCAUUUGGAAAACUGGGAAAAGUGGUGAUUAUAUAAAUAAUACAGAGGGACAGGCUUCAGAAGUGCCUUUUCCCCCACUACCCAGUCCCCACUUUUGUGGACAGUGACACUAUCUUUCCUUUCCUUCCAUGCUUCACUUCUUGGCUCUGUAUCCCCAACAUCUGGAGAUACUUUCUGGCAGAGGAAACCUGCCUUUUUUGUCCCAGCUGUGGGUGCUGGGCAUACAUAUGGUUAAUGGCAGCUGUGCUCACAGCUGAGGGAGGAGGGCUGGCGGCGUGCAGUGUCUGCCCCUUUCUUUCCCUUUCUGUCUCUCUCUCUCUCUCUCUCUGUUUUCCAGAAAGCCUAUUUCUGCUUGGCGCCUGAGAUCUGAAGACUAGAGGCGGAACUGCUGGGCUCUCCUCUCUGCUUUCUCACAGGGGUGGAUGUAUUUAUGUCGAAGGGGAUGCUGUAGAAGUCCAAAGGCAAAUACAAGCAGUGGCUGUGGCAGCCUAUCAUCCUGUCCCCAAGGACACAACGCCAUGAAGGGACCAUUGGCACACAGUACUUUUUGGCUUAUCUGCCUACUAUUCCAGGCUUAUGGAAAUGAGAGAGAAGCAGAAGAGAGGCCUGGAAUGCCCACACGACCACCACUCUGGGAUCAUACUUCCAGAGCUGAAUAUGGCUAUCAGAGACACAGCAGGCAGCCAGGAAGGUCGGAGUGUGUUCGCUGCUGUGAUCCUCCUGCAGUACAUCCCAUGUAUUAUCCCUUGCCUCAGAUCAACAUGACCAUCCUGAAAGGUGAGAAAGGGGACCGUGGUGAUCGUGGCUUCCAAGGGAAGUCGGGAAAGGCCGGUUCAGCAGGCAAGAAGGGUGAGAUGGGCUUCAAGGGGCAAAAGGGCAGCAUGGGAUCACCAGGAGAGCGAUACAAGACCAACUACGCUGCCUUUUCGGUGGGUCGGCGGAAACCUCUGCAUAGCAAUGACUACUACCAGAUACUCGUCUUUGACACUGAGUUUGUGAACCUCUAUGGCCACUUCAAUAUGUUUAUGGGCAAGUUCUACUGCUACGUCCCUGGCAUAUAUUUCUUCAGUCUCAAUGUACACACCUGGAACCAGAAGGAGACCUAUCUUCACAUCAUGCACAACACAAAUGAAGCAGCCAUCUUGUAUGCACAGGCUAGUGACCGAAGCAUCAUGCAGAGCCAGAGCCUCAUGAUGGAGCUGCAGGACCAGGAUGAAAUCUGGGUACGGCUCUUCAAGGGUGAACGUGACAAUGCCGUUUUCAGUGACGAAUUUGACACUUACGUCACCUUCAGUGGAUAUCUAGUUAAACCUAGCUCAGAGCCUUGAAUCUGCUAGCAGCUGGACAGUUUGUUCCUAGCAGCUUUAGCUUGUCCCCUUUUCUACUGAUUUCUAGCACUACUCGCUGCCAGGAGCCACUCCCUUGCACUGGAAGUACCCACAGAACUUGGAUCUUGAGGUACUUCAAACUAGGAUCUCUCUUUUGAUAAACAUGGCUUUUCUUCUACAUCAGCCUUACCUGGUGCUCUCCUAAUGUGAUGGACUAGAACUUCCAAGAUGCCAAUAUUGUACGGUUACAAUUCUCAAUCUGGUUAUGAUUGAGACUUUUGGGAGAUGUACUCCAACACAUCUGGAGGAUCCCAAAUUGGAGAUUCUUGACUUCUGGGCGUUUAUGCCAACUUGAACUUAUUGAUCAAACUCUCAUAUCUUCCUAGAUUAUAACUUAAUGUUCGUCCUGGUAGGCCUGCCAUAACCUGGAAGUCUCUCUGUUGUACUAGGAUACACAUCCAUUAUCUCUCUGAUUUCAGGUUGAUCCAUUCCCCAACACUGAACUUCACAUGUCCUGGUAGAAUCCCCUCCCUCACAGCUAUGAAAUUGCACUACUUCUAAUUCAUGCCCAUACUGACCUUAACCUCCAGCAUCCAUUUGUACUCAUUUCCAAAUCUUCUCCAAAGUGCUUGACAAGUCCCUGGGGGAUAGAGCUAGAUUUCUUAACCCCCAUUUCAACAGUCAGAUUAUCUUUUCUAUGUAUAUGAUUUAAACACCCUUUUCUGCCAUUGACCUCUGACCUUCAGGUGCUUUCAUUUAACCUUUUAAGUCUUUGAGUUCUCUGCAAUGCAUCUAAGCCUUCUUCUGCCCCCAAGGAUGGACCUUCCCAGAUAUUUAUUACCAUUGUUUAUUGCCUCUAUGCCCUAGCUGGACAUUAUGUUAAUACCCCCUAAUAAUAAAAAGCCUAUUAUUAUUCAGUAGAACAUUAGUUGAUAAAACUACGCCUUUUCUUUCUUUGGGAGAUAUGGUCUUGUUAACUGACCAUUUCAUUCAGGUCUUGUUUAUCUGCUUCUGAUGGGGAUGCAUAACGCUAAAGCACUGGUUCCACAAAGCACUCCUUCCUUCCUUCUAGCUGCCACCCUCAUUUUCUGGCAGUGCUUUCUGCCAUGACAGAAGUAAUGAAAGCCCAGUGUUGCACUGAAUACAGGCUUCUUGGUAUCAAAAUCCUUUUUGCUGGACAGGGAUGUCUUGUAGCGUUUACUAUCUCUCUCGUAGAAGAGAAGCUUGCCAAGUCUCUAGUACAGGGAGCAAAAGAAAAUAAUUCUGGUCUUAGGCUUGUGGAUUCCACUAUUAUCUUUUGGCUGGAGGAGCUGAAUAAAUAUAAUAUCAAUAAUAUCAAUAUCUUUAUCCUGAGGUAUUCCAUUGGAAUCAAAUGCCCUGUGAGAUUUGGGCUGGUGUCUUCCACUACAAGGAUUCCUACUAAGUCCAGAAGCUGUACUGAGCCUCAGAUUCUUGCCCUGACUUAGAGAUUCCUCCAAUCAGCUUUGUGCAAAAACAUUAUUUACAAAGUAAAUAGCUAGCGUGGGAUCAGGGCCCUGAAGUGGAGUGAGGGAGGCUUUAGCUCCCUGCCCCAUGUAUUCAUGAUCUGAAUCAAGACCCAAGUAGGUAUUCUUUAUAUGGAAGGACAGCUUCCAUUGUUUGCAAGCAGGGAAAGGGCAUGUUCUCUACGCAACAGGAAGCAAUUACGCCUUGCAUGCAUCCUACCUUUGACCUGCUUGACAAGAUCUGCUAAUCAGAGCUUGGGUUUGAGGGAAUGAAGAUAAUGCUUGUCCAGCAUUCUGCCUCUGCAUUAAACAGAAGCUAUUAGGGAUCACUAACUGGGCUUUUGGCAAAUCUUUCCUUUUGUUCUGCCUCUGUGAAGACUGAGGGAAGUUGGUUCAGUCCACAGAGAUCGCUGGCAGUGGACACAAUCUAGGUUGCUUUGUCAGUGAUGUGGUCAAUGGCUGGGAUCUGUCCAAUUCCUCUUGGUUAUUUUAGGCUGUUGUAGGCAUGUUCUCUCUCCUACAGUUGUUGGGCACUGCCCACCGUGGUCAUUUUGACUUGGGUUGCAGGAAAGAUUGAAUUCCUGGCUUCUGCAGAGGUAUCUGACUGUGUAAUACCUUUUUAAAGUGCUUGUUGGGUCUUACACAGGCUUUUGCUAUAUAUGGGUUUAGCACUCUUAAGAGAGUAUGUUAGUCCCCUGCUGCACAGAAGGUCAAUUUAAUUACAAGUUUUCUGUUGCUGCUGGGUCAUUGCAGACCCUGUGUGUGGUGUGGAGAGGCAGGAAUCUCCAGCAGUUUCCCACUUUCCAGCUAAUGAUCAUGACAAUUGUGAUGACAAUAAUGGUGGUGGCAUUGAAUCUUUCCCCAGUUUGGGGGCUGGGGGGGGUGGGGAGUAGAAGUUAAUUCUUGUUUUUCCUUUUGUUUGGGAGUCCUAGCAUAGGACUUCAAGGUGGUCAUGGAUGGAUCAGGUUUGCUUUCAACCUACUGGCUCAGAAAUGCGAUUGGCUGCUCGUAUGACUGGGAAUGUGCAGCAAGAACCACACAUUCUUAAGUCCAUGUGCCAAGGAUUGGGGUAGGUGAACUAGGACCACAGUGACUGUGAAUGAUCCAGAGUUGCUGAGGAGAGGGAGAUGUUGCUAGGGGGCAGCUAGAUAUUCACAUUCUCAUAGGUCACUCUUGUCCUUUCUCCUCUGCCACUCUAAUUUGCAGAGAAUGCUUGAUGGCAUAAAAGCACUACAGACCCCUUUCCAGGUGGAAGCUCCUUUAUACAAGCACGAGCCAGAACGUUUCUCUUUUCUUGUGGAAUUUUUAUGCCUUAACUGUUUAGCUUCCCUGUCUGUCUUAUGUAACUCUCACAUGCACAAGCUUCCCGUCUUCUGCUGCUUGCAAUUUUUUCUCAGGCAGUGCUACAGUUUCCACAGAUGCUACCCACCCCAAAAUAUUAUCCACUCUCCUUCCUCCUUCUCUGUUCUUUUGCAGUGAAUUCAUUCCCCCAUCUGCAGUCCCCAGUCUUCUCUCUGAGUAUGAUGUUACAGACACCUAUCUUCAGAAGUAGCCCAACCUAUAAAGCCUUUCUGCUGGCUCAAGGACAGGGAGAGUACAAUAUGCCCUAAGAUACAACACACUGUAUUUUAAAAUAACCCAGGCUCAGCUUUACUUGUGCCUUCAUCCAGUCUCCAUUCAACCAGACCACUCAACUCAGCUCUUUUGGGCACUCAUAUUGAAGGAUAGUUUUAGAAAUUGGGAGUGGGAAGACCUGGGGAAUCCUGGGGGACACUGUGGCAAGUAAUGUGUAAUGGCAGAAGUGUAAUGGCUGAGAUGAUGUAGGGCAGUGUUGUCCAAACUUGGCCACUUUAAGAUGA